ACGCUUAUCCUUUCCAUGAUUGUCAUACCUCCCACCUCUCCCAUUCUCCUCCUCACUUCAAUACGUUCAACGCCACGUCAGGAAACAACAUCCAAACCAGCCAAUGAGAGCAGUCCUCACAGAUAACCCCUUUUCCCUGCCCAUCCUCUUCGCCAUACAUUAUCUCAUCACAAAAUCUAAACCACACAACAUGAACCUCUCACACCUUAGCCUCACACUUGCAUUCCAUCACGCUUUAAAACCAACCAGACUCCCUUCCCCCUUCUGACUAAUCGCCUCCAGCACACAAUACCAGCAAAAACCAGAACAAAAAACCUCAAGAAUGGCCACUGUCACCUCUGCUGCUGUUUCAAUCCCAUCUUUCACUGGUCUUAAGGCAGGCAGUGCCUCCAGUGCUAAAGUCAGUGCCAGUGCCAAGGUCUCCGCCUCUCCACUCCCAAGGCUCAGCAUCAAGGCCUCAAUGAAAGACGUUGGUGUUGCCGUUGUCGCCACCGCUGCUAGCGCAAUGAUUGCUAGCAAUGCUAUGGCCAUCGACGUCUUGCUUGGAGCUGACGAUGGAUCAUUGGCUUUUGUUCCCAGCGAGUUCUCUAUAUCCUCUGGUGAAAAGAUCGUGUUCAAGAACAAUGCCGGAUUCCCACACAACAUUGUCUUCGACGAGGAUUCUAUUCCAAGUGGGGUUGAUGCGUCAAAAAUCUCCAUGAGUGAGGAGGAUCUCCUCAAUGCCAAAGGAGAGACUUUCGAAGUUGCCUUGAGUAACAAAGGUGAAUACAGCUUCUACUGUUCUCCUCAUCAGGGAGCUGGCAUGGUGGGAAAAGUUACCGUUAAUUAGUUUAAUUACAUGAAGAAUCUGUAGGGAUCAUCCCAUGCUUCUCCUCUUAUUUUUUGGAAGAUAGUAGAGUUUAUAAAUCUUAAUGGUGGGAAUGAGAGAAUAUAUGGGGUGAACCAAGAUUGUAUAAUGCCUUUAAAUUUUAAUCAACAUGAUUGUAGUUUUUGUGAUGCAAAUUUCAUCAGUCUAAUCUUUUUAUU